AAAAAAAUAAAAAAAAAAGAUUGGACUGAACUCGGCCCAUUUCACUCCAACCCAAUAAACCCUCCUCAUACCUCUAACAUAAAACCCUACCUUCUCCCUUUAUACAUUUCAUUUUCGGCGACCUCAAACAACCCUACUUUCCUCAUCUCUGCCGCCAUGGGAGCAUACAAGUAUAUGCAAGAAUUAUGGAGGAGGAAGCAAUCCGAUGUGAUGAGGUUUACGCAACGAGUGAGAUGUUGGGAGUAUCGUCAACUUCCUUCCAUCGUUCGCGUCACUCACCCAACUCGUCCUGAUAAAGCUCGUCGUCUUGGUUACAAGGCCAAGCAGGGAUUUGUCAUUUACCGUGUCCGUGUCAGGAGAGGUGGUCGCAAGAGGCCUGUUCCCAAGGGUAUUGUCUAUGGUAAGCCUACAAACCAGGGAGUUACUCAAUUGAAGUUCCAGCGUAGCAAGAGGUCAGUUGCUGAAGAGCGUGCUGGUCGCAAAUUGGGUGGUCUUAGAGUUAUGAACUCUUACUGGAUCAAUGAGGAUUCAACUUACAAGUAUUUCGAAGUUAUUCUCGUUGAUACAGCACACAACGCCAUCAGGAACGACCCAAGAGUUAACUGGAUUUGCAAUCCCGUCCACAAGCACAGAGAGCUUCGUGGUCUUACCUCUGCAGGAAAGAAGUACAGAGGUCUCCGUGGUAGAGGUCACCUUAACCACAAGGCAAGGCCUUCUCGCCGUGCUACCUGGAAGAGGAACCAGACCCUCUCUUUGCGUCGUUACCGAUAGAUUUGAUGCCCAUAUUACCAGAUUUCGGGUUUUAUUUGAACUAUUUCUUAGUUUUGUCGAAAUUACUGUCAUCAAGGUUGAGAUUUGGGAACAAUUUUGAAAAUUUUGUUUCAGGAUUUGCUUUAUUAAUGUUAUGUUUUACUAUUACAAUCUAAAAGUUCAAUUUGAGUAGAA